AUGACGCAAAUUGUGGUACUGCCUAACUUGCUACCUGAGCUUGUUCAAAAAGCGUCAGCUCAUGCGCCAAAACAUAUCCGCAUGUUUUGUCAAAUUAUCAACUACGAUGCAAACACAUUUAACCUUACUGUGGGGAAGAUCCCUAUGCUUGCCAAUAUUGAUACUAAGUCAGUCGAUGUUAACGUGAAAGGACUACUUCAGACUCAGAUUUCCGCUUUGAACUUUGAUGUGGGAAGCAUUAUAGAGAUUGAUGGAUUUUACAAUGGCAAGUCGAUUGAGCCUUUAUCAAUUAGCGAGUUGAAUUGGCUGGAUGUCACAUUGGAAAAGUUACAAGUAUUGGAAUAUAUGUGUGAGAUGAAGGUUAUGUAA